UAUUAAAGUAAAGUAUUGCGCGAUAGAUAAAAAAAAAUCGGAAAAUCCAAUAAGACUUACUAAUUAAAUCAUAAAAUCUGGUUUAGCGUGUGAUUGUUCCUGCCCCCCAUCAUCAACCGCUCAUCGUUCGAUCGCGCGCUCAACACACGCUUCCAUAAACUGUAUCUGCCCAUUUGCCAUCAUUAGCCAUUAGCGGCAACACAGGAGGAGGAGGAGGGUGGAUAUUUCAAAGCAAAAUGGGCAACAACAAAAAAACGACGAACAACGGCGCAAGACGAAUCGACUUAAGCUGGAUUGCAAACUGUGUGUAACGCAUUUGUGUGUGUGUAUGUGUGGAUUUGUGUUUUUGGUUGCAACAUCACACACACACAAAUGGGGUGUGGGGUGGGGUUGGUUGGGGUGUAAGCGGUUUCGCGCCACCAUCUUUCGGGUUGCGCCCCACACCAGCAGCAGCAGCCCAGCACACACUUUUUUACUUGCCGUUAAUUUUGUUCAAUCAUUACACACACUCAAUCCGGGUUCGUUCGUUCGUGCGUUCGUUCGUUCGUUCGUUCGUUCGUUCAACCUUUCGGCCAUAUUGACCGCCACCGUCUGAGCCGGCGGCGGCGUGCACAAUAACACACCACAGGUCCACUCUCCGCGCGGUGAUCGGGUGUGUGUGGUGUGUGUCGUCCCACCGUUUAUCUGCUUCCCCUCCCUUCUCUCCCCCUUAGCGUGGGGCCAUCGGUUUUUGCUUCUCCCAUUUGAAUAUUAUAUGGAUUUGAAACGAAAAAAAAAACGCUGAGUGAGCGCGCACAAACCACACCACAUUGCUUGGAAACCGCGUAGUGUUGAAGUACAAUUUUAACCGAUAUUGUCGCUUGAGAACUGUAGAAAAGUGGUGAUGUUUUUUUUUCUGUUUCUUGACCAAAAGAAGGUUAUUCUUGUAAUGAAAAACAGUCCAUCACACAAUUAUAGCAUCUGUAAGCCAUUGGGACACUUUUUUCACAGUAGCAUACCCACCAGCAAUGAUAAUAUUUGCCUAUUGCUUCGGCCAGCAUUAGACGACCAUUUGAGUCGUGUUUGAAUAAGUGUUUCUGUGGCCGGUCGUGUGUGUGUGUGUUAGUAGUGCGGGCAGAGUGAAAAUGGGUUGAUUAAUGAUGACCCCUUGCCUGCUCUGCUCUACGUCAUUCUCAUAACCUAUAACGCGGAUCAUAAUACACCGAGAAUGUGGCGUGGAGCGAUCGUCAUCGUGUCAUGUAUUAUCAUAGAAAGAGAGAGAGACAGCGAGGCUAGCAAUUGAAAUGAAUUAACAAAUGGGUGUAUGUAAAGCAAUUGAUGGUUGUGGGUCGUCGGGAGGGUGGGUUGUCAGCGAGAUAUGCGGGUGGUGAUGAGCAGAGGAAACACGUCACUAAAUAACAAACCGAAUUCAGAAUGCAGUAAAAAAAACCGUCUCAAAUUAUGAUGAAAUAGUUGGAUGAGAUUAUCCUAUACGUAAUACAGAUAGGUCGAUGAUGAUAGUAGCAGUAGUGGUGAUAGUGAAUGCAGCAGGUUGUCAAAAAGCAUUGCAGAAGAGGGAGAGAAGGCGACAGGGAUCCGUCGUUUGACGUUUGUCGCACGUCUCAUUGCCGCAAAACAGUCUCGAAUUAGACACAAGUAUGUCAUGACACAGCGCGCAAUCGAGUGUGUGUGUGCGCGCGUACGCGGAUGCAUGCAAUAUGCGUGAGUGUGUGCGCGCGCGAUAGAGAUAUGGACACGCAAUGCGAUGUGCUACGGACCUUUGUCACUGUGUUGUGAUGCACAGCAAUGGGGAUAAUCGAGCUUGAGCUGCAGUGUUUGUAUUUCCCUUUUUUAGUGGCAGUAUUAGCUGUUUUUCUGACACAAAAUUGAUAGAAAAUGUGUUAGAAGUAAGCAGUGGAAGCACACCGUCGUUGUAGCAAACGCAACGUGAAACGUGUACACUUCCCGAUGGAGCCAGCGAGUGUGUGCGUGUCUCUCUGGUAUCGUGUAUACGGCAUAGUUGAAGGAUCCGUUUUCACAGAAGUGAACUGAGUUUUGACAUUACCAAAUUGCGAAUGUGUGUGUAUGUCGGGUGUUUCGGUGUAUGAAUGUGUGUUGCAAAAUGGGAAAAAUAAUGUGCAUUCGAGAGAGAAUGUUACGCAAAUGUUAUGUUCAUUGCUGAAAAUGCACACACACACACACACAGCACACAUCGAUCACGCGUAGAAGAAAGCCGCAGGAACAAUUUUUGCUCAAACUGCAAUAGAUAGCGUAGCGCGCGCGUAUGUGUGGUGUGCAGUUUACUUGUAGUGUACCGGCUUUUUUGUGUGUACCGCACCAGUACCCUUCUCAAACCCCCCCCCCUCCUUUGUUUGCUUCUCAAAGCACAAAUGCUCGCGAAGGAAAGAAAAGAAAAAUCAAUGUCGUAGCGCUCCUCUCUCUCUCUCUCUCGCUUUCUCUCGCGCUCGUUCUAAGCGAUAGCAGGCGGUGUGUGGCGAUCGCUCAUCUUCAACGUGAACGUGUGCGCCCCUGUGUGUGUGCGUGUGUGUACGGGGGGACGGAACUCCUCUGCGAACGGUUAAGUGUGUGAUGUGUUCAAUCAAUUGUUUCCGGUUCGCAUCGGCGGACGUCGCGCGGAUUGUGUCUCUCUCUGUCUUUUGGUCCGAUCUGGGACGACCGGACCCCACACGUGUGUGUGUAGAGUGAAAGAAAUUGAAUUUUCUCUUCACUCCCCAUUCGACGGUGUGCGUGCGUGUGUGUUUGCCUCGUAUAUCCAUAGCGAGUGAGUGAACAGUGUGUGUGUGUUGCGUGUUCAAAGAGGUGUUGCUGGUGUGUGUGUGUGUUGUGUUCGUAUACGGUAAAUGUUUGCGUGUGCUUAAGUGUGUGGCUCUAUAGUGACCACAGCAGAGCGAAAGAGAGUGUGUGUGAGAGGGAGAGAGAGAGAGUAACACAAUAACCCCGAUUGCUCACACGUGUGUGCAAUUUGUGUGUGUGUGCGCGUCCGCGUGCGGUUGUGUGUGGUGUUGUCCCGCCUGGGGAGUGUACACGUGUGCAAUACACACAAACCCAUCCCCGGCUUAACAGGGAGAGGGGGGUUGCCGCUGAUGUACAGCAAUCCUGUGUGUGUGCGUGUGUGCGAGAGUGUGUGAGUGAGACAGCGGAAUAACACACAGGAAGAAAACCAUUUCGACCACGUUCGAACAGUCUCGAGCGUUUUAUCGGCCGCAGGUCCGUUUUCUUUCCCCCCCCCCCCGAAAGAGAACAACAGACACACACACACGUGCACAAAGCACACGGCUGUGUUGUGCAUUUCGGGCUGUUUUUUUGUCCGCUGUGUUGUUGUUGUUGUUGUUGUUAUUGCUGUUUGUUGUUUUUCACGGUGUGUGUUGGCGAAAAGUGUACAAGUGUACACGCCGGAAGAAGCUGCGUAAAGCUGUGUGAGCAAGGGGUUUUCGAGACAGUUUGUGUAUUGGGUGGAGCGAGGGAAAUUCGCAAGAAAAUUUGCCGCCACCGCCACCCCCAUCCAGCCCUGCUCGAACACGCACUCCCCACACACAAUAACGACGUUCAGCACGGAGCGACGACGGCGCCUUUGACGGCGACCGUUUAACUCGCCCUUCACAACAACCCCCUUCCCCCCACCCCCUUGUGGGUUGCGGGUUUGUGGGCAACGAAGCGGUAAAUCGCCUGCCGAAAAAGAAAUAUGGAUACUGGCUACGUGCUGAUGAAUGGUGUCGACAACACAACAGGCUUACUGUCCACAAACGCUUCUAGCGCGGUUUACUCUGCCCCCGGCGUGGGAGCGGUCUCGGUCGCCACAGUCAUCACACCGACAGCAGCAGCGGCAAGCACAAUCAUAACCAGCGGAAUGUCCAGCAUGACGAUCGUAGCACAGCAGCAGCAGCAGCCAGCACCACAAGCCGCCCCGCAAGCGGUGGACUACAGUGCCCUGAACGGAACCGCUGCUGCGAACGAAGCAUCGACGGCUGCUUCCAACGCCGCCGCCACACAGGAGUACUACACGGAAGGCGGCACCUCGCCUGCUACGGCGGCGCCCGUUACCAACGCUGCAAUAAUAGCCACGGCCAACACUAGUAAUAAUAGUUAUAGCACUCCUGCCCUCGUCAGUAGCCAUCCGCCGAGCAGCAGCAGCAGCAGCAACAAUAAUGGCGUCAGCAGUAGCAUCAUCAACGACGGUGCGGCAGUCGUCACGGCCGCCACCGACGUCGGAAAGGUGAUGCUGAUGGACGGCGGGAUGGUGGGGCCGCCAGUAGCGAACAGUGGCGGCGGUACCAUCGUCGUUUCCAGUGAUAACAACAAUCCUACUAGUAGCAGUAGUAGUACCGAACACAACGGGAUGCCUUUAGAGCAGCUGAAGCAGCUGCUACAAACACAGCUUGAUUACUAUUUUUCGCGAGAAAACCUUGCGAACGACACAUAUCUCCUGACACAAAUGGACAACGAUCAGUACGUGCCAAUCUGGACAAUUGCGAACUUCAAUCAGGUGAAGAAGCUUACCAAGGACAUCAAGCUGAUAACGGAGGUGCUGCGUGAGUCCCCGAACGUGCAGGUGGACGAGGAUGGCCUAAAGGUGCGCCCGAACCACAAGCGGUGCAUCGUGAUAUUGCGUGAAAUAUCGGACAACACGCCGGUCGAGGACGUUAAGAACAUUUUCCAAGGCGAAAACUGUCCGCGCUUCAUUUCCUGCGAAUUUGCCCACAACAACUCGUGGUACAUUACGUUCGAGUCGGACGAAGACGCCCAGCGAGCGUUCCGGUAUUUGCGCGAGGAGGUGAAAGAAUUCCAGGGUAAACCAAUCAUGGCGCGAAUAAAGGCCAAACCAAUGAACCGGCUACCGAUCACACCGGUAGGCGGUGUGCCGAUGAAAAAUGGACUGAACGGUUUCCGGACGACGCCGCCGCCGGGUUCGGCCGUCGCGGCGGGCGCUGCUGUCGGUGGUGUCAUACCGCCGUCGGCCGCUUCGGCCACUGCCGCCGCGGCAGCAGCGGCAGCCGCGGCCGCCGCUGCAAUGGGCGGCGUAACGACCGCAGCGUACGAUCCGGUACAAACGGCGCCCCUGAAUGCGGCCACCAUUGCGACCUACCCGAAUGGCCAGCGGUACAUACUGCAGCACAAUGCACCGUUGCCGCAGGGCUACAACACGGCCGUGCACAUGUUUCCAUUCCAGCAGCAGCCACUGUACGGCGGCUUCGUGCCAUCGUGGCAGCCAGCUCAGGGCAACUAUUUCGAGAUGAGCCCGUACCUAACGAAUGGCAUGCAGCCGGUGACGGUCUAUCCGGCCAGCGGUGGUGCUGGUGGAACGGCGGCAGGUGCUGGCGGCGGCGGUGGUGGUGGUGCGGCUGGCGGCGGCAAACAGCAGAACGGCCGGUACGGUGGAGUGCCGGGCGGUGGCGGUGGCCACCGGCAGAAUCCUCGCAACAAACGCCAAUCGCAGCAGCAGCAGCAGCAGCACGGAGGAGCAAGUAACGAUGGUCAGUCGGUUACAACGAACAGCGGUGUCGCCGGUUCAACCGGUAUGCAUCGGCAGCAGCAGUCGUCGGGCGGCGGCUACCAGGCGCAAAGCGCAGGUAGUGCCGGCAGUGGCGCUGCCUCUGGGGCCGCCGGCGUCCAGUCGCAGGUCGCCAGCACGUACCAGGCAAGCGCGGCGGGCGGCGGCGGUGGCAAAAGUGCCGGCCUGCUCGGUGGCAAACCUUCCACGGCCGCCGGCACGACGGCAACCGGUGCGACCGGUAUGGUGUACCUUCCCCAGUACACCCACUACCUAACUGCCGCACCACUGCAACAUCAGCAGCAGCAGCAGCAACUUUACAGUGGCCAACAGCAGCAGCAAACGGACGGCGGAGCGAUGGAGCUCGUUGUGCGGACGGAUCUGCAGCGGCAGGGCAUGCAGCAACAGCAGCAGCAGCACGUGUACGAGGACGAAACCGGUGCCAACACGGUGCUGGUAGUGCCCGCCUACACGACGGCCGGUGGCGGGCGCAAAAACUCCAGCACAAACGCGUCGAGCGCGACGAUCAUGUCGCUGGACGCUACCCAGCAGCCGUGGGUGCCGAACCAGCCGCGGCGGAACCCGCGCCGACGGAAGGACGAGAUGAUGAUGCCGAUGGACGGCGGUGUUGGUGGGGCCGCGGCCGGCGGCAGCAUGUACGGCAGCAGCAUGCGGCACGGUACGAUCUACAGCGGCAGUAAUAGCAGUAACACUAACAACGGUAGCAGCAGCAGCAGCAGCAACAACGGUGCAGCCAGUGUGAAUAAUACCAGUAGCAAUAAGGUUAUCAUGCAUACAACUAGUCUCAACCAAUUGGCGCCUUCCACCGGUGGAGGAGGAGGAGGUAGCGGGGGCGGUAAAUACCAGGGCCGCGGGGACCGUGGGCGCGGUGGUGAUAAUAAUGGAUACGCCGGCGGUCUCAUCGCGUCGGAGCAUCACGGUGGCGGUGGAUACCACUCGCAACAAGGGCACCAUCGGAAUGCGGCAGCAGCACCGUCUGGCGGUGGGUUGCUCGAUUCCAGUUCUUCCUUUCAGCAGCACGGUGCAGCAGGCGGUGGCCACAAUAAGCAGCAGCAGCUGCAGGAUAUGAUGCACCACACCCAGCAGCAGCAGCAGCAGUACCAUUCGCAUCCAAUGAGUCAGCAACCGCACCUAGGCCAUCAUCAGCAAUCGCAGCAGCAGCAGCACCACCAUUCGUCCUCCUCCUCGGGUGCGAACAAUCACCAAACGCAGCAACACAGCAACACCAGUACCAAUCCUCACGGCCAUCAUAAUCAGCAGGGAGCGGCGGGUCAGCAGUCCCAGCCGCACCAGCAGCAACACCAUGUGUUGCAGCAGUCCUCCCAUCAGCUGCACACGGCGCAGCAACAAUCGCAGGGCUCGGGAUCGCACCAUCAUCAUCAUAACCAGCAGCAGCAGCAGCAGCAGCAUCACCACUACCACCAGCAGCAGCACCAUCAGCAAGCGAUCGUCGCGACAGGUGGAUCGUCGAACGCUGGAGGCGGUGGUGCUAGUAGCGCAGCCAGCAACGGGGGCGGCAGUACGGCCGCCAGCUCCAACAGUGCCACCACCACCAACAGCAACAACAGCUCCAGCACCACCAACAGCAGCAGCAACAGUACCAGUGUUCAGUUCGAUCUCGAACCAGCGGCAUUUCCGCCCCUUCCGGGCCACGAGGGACGCAGCCUCAUCACGGCCGGGACCGGCGGGACGGCCGGUAGUUCCGCCAGUGGAAACGCCAGUGCGGGCCGCUCCGGCUCGAAAGGGGGUAAUGCUUCCGCGGCCGCCGCCACCUACGGCCAAGCAGCGCAGCAGCAUCUUCCGGGCGGUGCUGUAGGCAAUGCUUCCGGAACCAGUGCCAGCAGCUCCACGUCUUCUACCACCGCCCAUCGGAACGAUGCGUCGGAUGGAGGAGGCGGAGGACUCGCGUCCAGCAGUGCCGCGACAGCCGGUGGUGCGUCCUCCGGUCUGCUAUCGGGUCCGGCCGCCGCCGCCGCACCACCGCCCGUCGUUUCGGCCUGGGGUGAAAACCAUCGGCUGGCGGACGUCGUCAAGGGUACGGCCAAGGGCGUACGGGCACCGGGUGCGGCGACGGUGGCGGCCAUCGUGGCCGGCACGGCGACGGUGCCGGUCGUUUCCGCCAACAGCAGCAGCAGCAGCAACGAGCUUAGCCUGGGCGGCAAGAGCGCGACGGAGCCGAAAGCGGCCACUAACGAAUCCGGUCCAACGAACAGCAAUGGCGCUUCCGGUGCAUCGGGAACCAGUAACCAGCAGCAGCAGAAUAAUCAUCUACCUGUGAUAAAAGGCAGCACAAAUGCCGCAACGAGUGGUGGCAGUCAAACUGCGUCCACGCUUUCCUCCUCCUCCUCCCACUCCUCCGCCUCGACCGGUACGACGCAUUCGUCGGUCGCUGCCGCCAACAGCGCUGCUCCGGUAUCGACCGGCACCAGUACGGCCGAUAAAUCUACCAAGACUGACGUAUCGUUGUUGCAAAUGGCGGCGACCCCUGUCACCGCUGCGCCGACGACCACCACCUCCCGGGCCACCUCCACCGCGACGCUCGAGAGUGCGGCGUCGGUAGUGAAGGGCGAGGCGGCCGCCUCCGCUCCUCCACCCACGACGGCCAACGCGGCAACGAUGACCUCGACUGAUUUCACUACCAAAUCUUCUUCCUCCGGUACUGCCGCCGCCGCCGCCGCCGCCUCCCCAUCCGUCACUUCUGCUGGUGGUAGUGGUGCGGCGAAAAAGCCGUCGACAUCGACCAACGCCGCCACAAACACUACCGCCACCAGCCACGCUAACACUUCCUCUGCCGGUAGCAGUAAAUCGUCCACCUCGGCGGCGGCGGCACCACAGCCCCCACCGCCAACCUUCUCGCUGCAGAACCACCCACCGUUGGUUCCGCACGACAGUACUGCGGCGACAGCCACCGUGCCCGCCGCCACCCCUCAGGUACGGCUGAGCUACGCCCAGGUAGCGCAGCAUCUGGCCGAACAAAGCAAGGACAGCAAGGAACAGGCGUCGUCGCUUCCGUCCCACAAUCAUCAUCACGGUAGCGAUAAGCUGACCGGCUCUGCCAUGGGUUCCACUACCACCACCGCCGUCAGCAGCUCCUCCGCUUCGUCGGGCGGUGGCGGUGGUGUGGUGGAGAAAGAGAACAGUAAUGCAUUAGCAGCAUCGUCGGAGAGCAACGGUUCGACGGCUGUAGCAGCUUCAACUGCCACCACUGGAGCUACCGUCGCGCACGGUACUGCCGGUGGUAGCGCUGCCGCAGGGAACGGCAACAACAACAACAACACCGGUGGAUUCAUUGGCGUUAGCAGCAAGCGGAAGGAUUCGGGCGCCGGUGGCAGGAGCUCAACUGGUGGCACCACAGCGCACCACCACCAUGGUGAUGGUUUCCGAGAACAACGAGAUACGCGCUACAAUCAGCAACACGGUGCCAGUGGAAACACCAAUGCACGCAACUCCAAAGAUUACCGUCAGUCUUCCGGUGGUGCUGGCGGCGGCGGCGGCGGCCACACCAAUGCCAUCGGCUCUGCUUCCCUCCAUUCCGGUGCCGGCGGGCUGCGCAAUGCCGCACCAGAGCAAAACAACAACAAUCACGCGCAUCAUCAAGGAGGAGGAGGAGGAGGUGGAGGUAGAAGUACCGGAAAUUCGGGCAACAGUGGCAAUAACAAUAAUCACCACAGUAAUAACAACAGUGCUGGUGGAGGCGCGCCCAAGUCUGGCGGUGCCCGAUCGGUGCGCAAGGACUACCAAUCGCACCAGCAGCAGCCACAGCAGCAGCAGCAGCAGGCCCACCAGACACACCCGCGCAGUCCCAAAUGAUGGCGCUUAAUAUGGAUCUAAUAUGUGCGCGACACACCGAAUGACUUUCUCUUCACUACACCUACUCUACGACCUACCACAAUGCGGCGGAGCACGUGCGAUUUAUGAAUCAGCCCUUUGCUUGCCGCUGCCACCGCCCCUCCCCAGUACAUUGUGUUUUAGUGUAUGCGCUUAAAAUAUUAUGGCUUUUCACGAUCCGGCGGCUGGGGUGGCAAGUAUAUAAGUUCGGACGAAUGCGGUUGAAGACAGUAGCGCAAUGUACAGCGUUUGUGUGCAUUGCGAGGAUAAUGCAUAAUUCCGUGGGAUGCAUGGGAAAACGGAGAAAGAGAGAGAGAGAGAGAGAGAGCGAAAGAGCGGGGGAAGUAUAGGUAGUAACGAUUGGGCGGAUUGGCGAAUCCUUACACAAGCAAGGAGAAUGUGGGCUGGGAAGAGCAUACUUUCAUUAUUGAUUUGGCGGAACAAGAAAAAGGAAGGAUAGGAUCGGUUAGGAGUUAUUGUUUUCCUAUCAAGUACAAUUUAUGAAACUUCACUUCAUAAAUUGAUUGAAAUGAUACACUAUACACUAGUUCGAGUGAUUCAAACAGAUCAUGAUCAUACUAUAAACGCAGCAUGGAAGAAGGAGCAGCAGUGUGUGUGUGCCUUUUGUUACGCAUCUGCUCUGGAUACACUUUGAUGAAUAAUUUGGGAUUUCUUGUUUUUUAUAUAAAAUAACACUGGAAGUACGUAAAAAGCAAAAAAAAAAAACUGCAAGUACGUAUAGAGUGGGAAGUAAAUCCUUAUAAAAAUCAAAUUGAUAAACGAGUGUGUGCAAAACGAUCGCAAUGCUCAGAGUGUAUAGCUAUGGUUUAUGAGGGAAUGUAAACACGCAGACCAAUCAAUAAUCAUCACACGAAUCUCAAAACAGUCAAAAGAUGCGUAGAGCACCAUGUAUGAAGAUGCAGUUUGAUUUUAUAACACACACGUGAAAGAAGCUGCCAAUCAGGGCAUGUACAAGCAUAUUUAAAGUGCUUGCUUAAGUAGUUGUCAAAUAGGCCCCGGCAAAUACCGUCGUCGUUGUGCUCUAGCCCUCGCUCUCUCUCUCUCUUUCUUUGUGGCGGUUAAUAAUAGCAACCGAUAAGGGUAGGAGGAGGGUAUCCCAUAUGUAUCCUUGCAUUAAAUAAAUAAUCUAGCCUCGGAGAGGGGUUGCGGCAACCAGCAAGCAAAACCAGAUAGUGAUCCCUAGUCCCCUGCAACGCAUAUACACCUGCGCCUCCCGCAGAGCGUAAGAGAAAAGCCACAGCAGCCACGGCUCCACUUCGGUCCACUUCGGUCCUGAGAAGGAGUGGGUGGUGGUAAGGGGGAGGGUGUGGUGAAACCCAUUUCAUUUGUGGGUUUUGUAGUGAGAGAGUAGCAAGAGAGAAAGGUUCUAGUAGGUGGUCCAUUUGUUUCAAUGUUUAUGUAUGUUUCUUUUUUAGUGCGCCCGUGUGUGUUGUGUUGAACAUAUGAUGAUGAAAGAGUGUAUCGGAUUAUCAUGCAAAGACCGGAAGAAAGCGUGAAAAGGAAAGAGAGAGCGAGGAUGCAUUAGCAUAGUGAGGAGGGUUUAAAACUGAUAACCGCUAUCGCUAAUGCAAACGCUUUCGUCUUGUUUAUUUAUGCCUUACUCUAAACAACACACACACACGCGAGCGCGUGCGCUCCCCCAAACGCGGCUCACGCAACAGUGAGAUGAAUUAUUUGUUUUAGUUUUUUUUUGUUUUUUUUUCUGCAAUUCGUUCUGUUACUUGUUUUUCUCUUGAAUUUAAGCGCAUUAGGAAGAGAGCGAGAGAGAGAGAAAGCCCGAAACAACUUAUCAUUAUUUACUUUAUUAAUUAUUACUAUUAUCUUUAUUGGUAUUUCUUAAAUACGAUAUGAUUGCUACAAUUAGUAACUGGUAACGUUAAACACACACACACACCAACCCCCUAUUGAGAUACUUUUUAUUGCAAUUCUUUGUUAAUUUGUUGAUAGUCGAUAAUCGAUCGCGCGCGUGAUGAUGGGGGGAUAGUUUUUCGGGUCUGGGAAACCAACGAGAGAAAGUGUGCGUGCGUGUGCGUGUGCCCUCCGUCGGAAAAAGGGGGGUUAAGGGCAUUGCCCAAUAGGAGAACGGAAUUCUGCUAAGCGUAACCGUUGGAAGCGAUUGUGAGCGAUAAAACCUGAAAGCAGAAACGGCGAAGCAUAAGAAAGUGCAGUGUGUUCCAAAAAAAAGAAAAACAUUGUUACUCAAAAAGCGCUGUGUGUUUAAACUGAAGCUAAUUGUUGCUUCGCGCUUGUCGUGGAGUGUGGAUGAACCUCAACCGAUAUUGAACGAGACACACACACACACACUAAAAUCCAGAGGAAAGAGACACGCAAUGCAUAUAUAUCUAUAUUCUCUCUGUUCGUUAUACCUGUAUAUAAUCAAAGCAGAUGAUUAAGGUUGAGAUGAGCAGCCCCAGAAGCAGCAGUUGCAGCUGCUGCUGCAAGCUCUGCCAAAACCGUCUCUGGACCAUUUGCUCUAGUGGUCGAAAAAAAAAAAAAUAAUGAAGUAACAAACAAAACAGCACUAGUUAAUAGCAAGAAAAAAAAACAACAACCUUGGUUUAGUUUAUAAAGACAGUAGACACACACUCGCCGGAGAGUAGUGCGUGCCGGUCGGUGACUAGUUGUAGGGCGGACGGAUUGAAUUUUGUUUUUGAAUUGCAAAGAAAUUUGUCUAAGUUUAGCUGGCAGGAAAAAAAAUGCGCUACCGAAAUGUUAGGAAAUGCUUUCGAGCAGAUUAAUGAGCGCGAAAGGAAGGAAGGAGAAGCAAGCUACUGCCGUCAAUACUGCAAACAUACACAGAAUUACACGAUACACACACAUAUAGGGCAUAAUUUUAUAGGCUGAGCAGUGUGUGUGAGUCAGGGUAUACCGGGGAUAUGGUAGUGUUUUGGAUCAACUAAGCUAGUGAUGCAUCUAAAUUGAUAAGACUAAGAGAGAAGGGAAGCGCAGUACGGAAACUGAGGAAAUUCCUUUUAGAAACACACACACACAAACACAAACACACCCACUGAUCUUACCAUCUCUAUUAGCAUGCGACAGAAUCGUUACAUUUUUACCACAAGAGCGCAAACAAAUGGAAAUCAUCAAUGCUUUACAAUAAUAGAAUCGUCAUCCGAAUGAUGCCGCCUUCAUUUUAUGCUCUGUGCUGUGCUUUAGCGAUAGGGAGCGUGGGAGCGUGCAGUGAGCGAACCUUAUGAGAACUAGCUCUAACAACUAGGAUUGAUUACGCUAUGCCGAUGAAGAGCUAGUUUUUAUCUGGAUCUUUUUAACAAUUGAUCGAUUGAUUUGAUCCCAUGCGUGACAUGAUUCGAUCGUUACAGGAGGUUUUUUCUUAUUGAUUGCGAAUUGAUUUCACGUUGCCCCACGCCUAGGGAGUAAAAAUCACAGCUUACAUCUGCUUCUAGAGAGCAGCAGCACUACUGCGAGAGAAGGAGGAGCGUAGGCGUUAGGAAGCUUAAUCUGCUACCAACCACUUCAUUUGUGUUCUGAUACUGUUUUAUCCAUUUCCCAGUUAUUUUCUAAUUAUUGUUUGCUUACAUUCCUUAUUCUUUUUCUCUCGCAAAUGAAACAGUUUGUGAUAAGCACAGUGCCCUUUUUUGAUUAAAUACUCCUAUAUGAACUUCAUUAGAUCAUUAUGCAUACUAUCUUAACACCGAGAAUUCAUUUCACGCAGUUCAACGUAUCACAGUUAGUGCAUCUUUAGAAUUUUGGAAGUAGAUCGAAAGGAUUUAAGCUUCCCCACUGAUGCCUCAAGACUCCAACGGUAGUGUAGCAGUAGUGCUGUUGUCUUCAUCGAUUCCCGAACUCCCGAAGAGUAACGUACAGAUACAUACAGUUUCGCAGGGCUACUAAGCACACAAUAAUGCAUUCGCAACCGUUCGAACGGUAAUGCGCCAUUGCGUUUUGCGUCUUUCAAACCGGUUCAAACAAAAACUAAACUAAAACGCACAUCAGGUUUAGUUUUAUAGCUCGAUAUCGUUUUGCUGCGCUUGCGGUUUAGAUACACACUAGCUUUUAAGCAAACCAAAUAUGGAUUUCAUCGUACCUUCGUUUCAUUUGAUGGGGUCGUGUGUGCGUGUACGUCCAUAAACGCGAAGUUUGUUUGUGCGCCACACACAACACUGGCUCUUGUGGUAAAGCGCAUAACACGGUAGCAUUCUAAGACGAGAUUUCGAGCAGGAAACAGGAGGAGCAAGAGCUUUCGUUAGACACACUGUGUGCGCCUUCCACAACACAAACAACACACUACACUAUGCACUAUAAAAAUAUGUUCUUUUUUAUGUUUUUUUUUUCGAUUUGUUUCUGAUCCGUAAUAAAGAUAUGUUGAUGAUGAGUACGAAACCACGAAGCUGGCGGAAGCGAAACUUCGAUUGAGCGCGUGUUCGUUUUAUCCGGUUCGAAAGAGAGAUGCUUUUUUUGGUUCUUUUGUCACUGUAGUAGUUUUUGUAUACUGUUGGGGUUUGUUUUUUUUUUUUUUUUUUUUUGAGCGAAUAGUAAUGCCUUACAUCCUUUUGUUUUUCUGAUUUUGCGUGAGCACAUUUCGGUUCUCUUCUCUCAGUAGCUGUCCCGCGAUCCCGCGAUCCUAAAAACAAUCACACACACACACACCCAUACACACCGAACGAUUACAGCCGGUUACGUUUGUCUUAUCUAUUGGUAGUUAAAGCUUUAGUAUAAAGUGAGAGAGGAGGAGCAAGCGGAGGAAGAAGAAGGAUAGCAUAGAGGGGGGGGGGGAUGUAUUUUCGUUCGAUUGUUGGGGUGUGGGCGUGUUGAGGUAGUGUACCGCAGAAAGCAGAAGAUUUAGAUAGUAUGCCAAUGCUCCCCGUCUCCGGUGACGGGCGGGUUCGCAUGAAGACACCUUUUAGAGACUGCAAAACACUUACAGACGACACACACACGCGUACAGAGCUGAAGUCAGACGUUCGAUGCUGUAAUAGCUAGUGAUUUCUUGACUAUUGUUUGUUUCCCCUUGGAGAAACCCCUAAAUCAAAGCCGCCACUCGCAUUAAUCGACGAAUGCAAAGAAAAAGAAGAAGCGAUACCAGUAGUUUGGUUCCACACGAAAGGAUGAGAUUUACGCGAGGGAGGAAAAAUAGUAACGGAAGACAAAAAAACUAUUAUAUACAACUGUAGGUUAGCUUUGUAAUAGAAUUGUCGGAGCACACACAUACAUACUACAAACACACAAAGCUCUCCCUGCUGUGUGUCCGGGAAAGAAUGUGAAAGGAAUAGGGGGGAGAAGCAGCAAACAUAAACGAGACGUGUGCAACACAGCAACAAAUUACGAUGUCGUUCUUGUGUUUGAUGAAAUGAUAAUGCAAAGAAAAAGCAUACAGUGUUAUGAAAUGUCAUACCGAGACAAAGGAUAUACAUAGGCGCAAGGUAUAAUAUAUAGUUGUUGCUGUGUGUGUAAUAACUGCAAGCGAGCUGUGCAAGCGCCGCCCCUCCCGGGCAGAGGUCGAAAGGAGGGAGAGGGGGAAUGUGUGUGGUACGGUGUAGUGGUAAACUAAAGAAUACUUAGAUUUAAACGCGGAAGAGAUACAAUAUCGAAGGUAGUAGAGCAGAGAGAAAGAUGUAUGGAUUAUAUAUAUAUAUACAUAAAAAAUAUAUAAAUGUAAGGGAAAAAAGUAUAUACAUUAUAUAUAUACAUUACUAUAUACACAACUCUAAUGAUAAAAAAAACAAAAACAAAAAACAAUGAUUAAAACGUAAGGCACACAUCGUUGAUAGAAAAGUAACAACAACAACAAAAAAAAAGAAAGAGAAAAGGACAUGUUACUACAUACGAAGUAAAACAAAACAACAAAACAAAAGAAAGAACACAAACAAACAAACAAAAAAACCUUACCAUUGCAGGGUUUCUUAUACGCGCGGAAUGAUACAACGCGAUGACAGAGGAUGAAGGGCAGAGGGAAGAAGUCUGGCAAAGACUGAAAUGCACGCUAUCGUUGGGGAGAGGCAGAGAGAUAAGGACCGAACUUGGAAGGAGAGAAGAAGAAGAGGAACACAUACACAUAAUACACACGAAUAUCCUUUCAUCCUUUUGCGAACAAAAAGGGGAAAGAUACAUAAAAAGUGCUGCCACACAACAAAUACACACACUAGUUCGGUAGAGUCGGUAAUGGUGAUAAAGUUACUGUUGAGAAGGAGAAGUGUGGAAUGUUAAGAGAGGUGGAGUGGGUAGAGAAAAGUUGAAAAAAGGAGUGGAAAAUCGAUGAAAAAACACACAAAAAUGUGGUAGUAGGAGGAUGUAGUAGGUUAAAUGAAAAAAAAAGGAAAUGAAUUAAAGAAUACCAACAAACAACGCAAAAACCACACACUCACACACAACAAGGGAGAUUAAAAAGAAGAAGGCAUAAAACAAAAUAGAAACAAAGCGAAAACAAUGAAUGAUAAUAUAAACCAUUACAAAAAGAAAUAAACACACACACACAAAUACAUUGGCUAGAAAGACUGCAGUAAAAAAGAAAGGAAACAAAUAGAUAACCACGCUCAAACAGAGGAGGAGGAGCAAAUCACGCCAAGAAGCGUCGUUCGGGUGUAAACAGCUCCCCAAGUCAUAUGCGAGUGUAGUAAACGCCAGACAGAGCCGCGGCGGAACCAAAAACAUGUGUUUAAACCUAAUGUGUAGCUUAAAAAUCAAAAAAGUAUCUAGGAAGCGCGUAUUAAUAGUAGCCGCCGUACCACACGUUCGACGUCGCCAAAACAACAGCACACUCACACUCAUCUGAAAAAAAAAAAGUUGAUAUAUGUGGUGAAGGGAAGCACGUGGGAAAUGCAUUAAAAUGCAUCCACGACGUGUGACAGCUCUUUCUCUGUUGCCCAUCUACAAACAACAGUUUCCAGCCCCUCUACACACAACACAACAAACCUACUAGCAUCCCUCCCAAGGAAAGCGAGAUUUGACCAAGGAAAGUGGAAAAGCAAGAGCACACAACGCAUUAAGAAUGUGAGAGAAAUGCCAGGGAACAGAAAUGUGUGCACGUGCGUGUGUGUUUGGUGGUAGUCGUAAACACAAGGGUAAGCGAAUUUGAAAUGUUGAUAAUACCUACUACACACACUAGUUGCUCUAGAAUAUUGAAAACAGUGUAAAACAAAAUACAGAAUUGGUUGGAGCAGCACCGGACGAGCACGAGCGCGCGAGAUGAUAAGGAAAAAAACAAAAAAAAAACAAGAAACUAAAGAAAAUAUGUGAGGAAGAAGUAACAAACAAUUGUUGUAAAAUAAGAUACAAAAUGGAGAAGAGCGAAAGAAAACAGAAAGAGAGAGAGAGAGAGAGCUGUUACACACAUACGGGCGAAAAACCGUGCGUCGUUACUAGAAGAUAUGGAAAAAUAUGGAACAGUGAGAAUUGGUGGGGAGAGAAAACAGGCAGGAAGUGAAGGAGAAAAUACGAAAAGUUAUAAAGAAAACAAAUGGUAAGGGUGUAAAGAAGAAAAAAAAGCCGUACUACAGCAAACACACGAUAAUACAAUGAUGAUGAUGACGAUGGAGUAUAGAAAAUAAAAAAAGAGUAAAAAACGAAACUACAAAACAAAACCACACAAAAAAAUACACAAAAGAGAAACAAAAAGA